UUUCUUCAAAUGUUGAAUGGACAAAACUCUAAUGACUUCUGGGAGCUGUGGGAAGGAUCAAAGGAGAGAGCCCCUCUAACGUGUUUUGUGAGGUUGUCAUGGAUCAGAGCCAGGGGCCAGGAGAGCCCAGUGAGUCAGACAGUGGCAGCUGCACGCGCAGCCAGCUAUGUGACUCAGCUGAGCCGCCUAACCUCUCUGUGCCACGGUUUCCCAGUGAGGUUGUGAGAAUUGAAUGAGGCAGUCUGGGUGGUACCUAGAUCCAUGCUGGAGGGAGGGCUGCCUGGCCGCGCAGGGAGCUCUGGGGCACCAACUGGACUACAGAGCUGCCCCUGAGUCAGGCACGGGCUGGGAGAGGGUGCAGCUCAUGCUAACGUUUCGGGCAGCGGCUCCCUUUGGCCAUGUGCAGUUCCAGGGAAGAGGGCAGCCAGCACUGCAGCCGUGGAUCUCGGCUCGAGUUGCAACUACUGAGCUGGCUCCUGAAAUGCCCUGCGGAGGCCUGCAGGAUCCACACAGCCUGGGGAACUGCCGGAGGUGCAGGUUCGCAGGCCCCACCUAGACCAGGCAGUCGGAGACUGUGGGCUGGGGCCCAGCAGCCAGCCUUCCACCAGCCCCCAGGGUUUCUGACUGCGACACUGCACUGCCGUCAUCCUCUGCGGAGCCUUGAGGUCCCCAUUGUGUGUAGGACGCAGGGAACGUGUUCUUCUCUUGGCCUGGAGGAUUUCAUUGUACUUGUGAUGGGUGCAGACUUCUUCCCGAAGACCGGAGGAGCCACACCUCUGCUGUGGUUCCUGACUCUUUCCAUCCCCUCGCUCCUCCAAGGGGCUUGGGCCCUGAUGCAGAUGCUAUGGCGUGAGGACAACCCUGAGCCUGUGAUCAGAAAGAAGCCAGGUCUCCUGAAACUGCAGAAGGCCUCAUCCUGGCGAGGCUUCCUGGGCAACAGUGCACCAGAGGCUGAGCAGAAGCAGAAAGCAGGGGCCCCAGGGGGGAGCAUUGACCCAGGACAGGGAGGACCAGGACCUGUGUUGGACAGCAAGAACCCACCCACGAAUGAAGCCCAUGUGUGGAGAUCCUGGGAGCAUGGCAUAAUGAUUCCCCAGAGCGGCAGAGACCAGGCUCACUUUGCCCCCAGCACGUGACAGAAAGUCUACACUCAAGCAGAUGUCCACAGCACGGGUGAGCAAUGGCCGGCCAAUGACACUGGAGACAAAGCUGAUCUCUAGGAACAGGGGCUUGGCCUCCGCUGCAGCCCCUUAACCCUGGACAUCCAUGCCACGUCUCUGUGCCCUGAGCCCCACGGUGAGGAGGUCCCACAUUGCUGGAAUUCCCAUCACUGGCUUUGGACCUAAAGAGACCUGGAUUUAAAUGAGUUUCUCCAGCUGCAUACUCAAGUAUUGAACAAAUUACCCACCCCCUCUGCACUUCAGUCUCCUUAUGUUAGACAGAUACGUUAAUAA